UGCUCAUCGCAUUUACUGGCAGGCGUUGAGUUGCUGCUAAAAUAUGCUUGGUCUGGUAUAUAAGCUGGCUAGAUUUUUUUGUAGAAUCGUAGUACAACUUCAGCACUUCGCUAGUUAGCAACUUCGCAGCAAAACAAACAACAAUCAAAAUGUUCAAAUCGUGUGUUCUUUUCGCCGUUCUCGCUUUGGUCGCCUGCGCUUCAGCUAAGCCCGCCGUGGUCGCCUACAGCGCUCCAGCUGUGGUUACCGCUCAGAGCUCACAGUACAUUGCACGCAAUUACAAUGGUGUUGCUGCUGCCCCCGUCGUUGCCGCCGCCUACACCGCACCCGCCGUAGCUGCCGCUCCCGUGGCCGCCGCAUACACCGCCCCAGUUGCUGCUGCCUACAGUGCUCCCGUUGCCGCUGCAUACACUGCCCCAGUUGCCGCUGCUUACAGCGCUCCAGUCGCUUCUUACGCCAAUUAUUACCCUUACAACGCCGCUUACACCGUGGCUUACUAAAUGUUGGAUCAAAUGUGGAAAGUAAAUGCAUAAUGCUACUCAGGGCUAAUUCUAAAUGGACAAAAUGGAACAGGGCAAUCAAAUUGGACUCUUGCUAAGCAAAAAGUUCGUCUAACAGAUAAUUUAUAUAGUUUGUGAUCAUUUUAGAGAUUUGUAACCAGUUUUUCGGCUGCAUAUCUGCAUUGUACCUUAUUAAUACGCUAUAUAAAUGGAAUAAUAUAAAUCCUCCAAAAUUGUUGACUAAAA